AUGCUCUUUCCCGGGGAUCUAGGGUUUCGCGUUGCUGUUUUCUUCAUUUUUGGGGUUUUUCCGGUGGGUUUCUUCGUUCUCCGGCGAAAAUGGCGGAUUGCGGUGGCUAGACAGCAGGAGAUCAAUCGAUUGCUUGUUUUGGCAUCUGAAGAGGCUGCUCGAGCUGAGAUUGAGGCUAAUUUUGGCUAUAAUUAUACUAGUUCUUCGGUUUCGAUACCGGUUCAACGGCUUUGUGCUGUUUGUUUUACUCCUACACCUAAUCGAUGUGCUAGAUGCAAGUCAGUCAAUUACUGCUCUGGCAAGUGUCAAAUAGUUCACUGGAGACUAGGUCAUACGGAUGAAUGUCGUCCAUCGGUGAACAAUUCUGAGUUCAGUGAUGAGGAAGUUAGUUUUGUGGGCGAUAAUCAACUUUAUUCUGAUGGUGAUGUUCCAAUUACUGUGAAUGGUGGAAUACAAUAUGAGGAACAAGUUCAAACUGCAAAAGAGAAACCUGGAUUCACCCCCCCUGCAUAUUUUCCACCAGAUUUGUCUGUGAAGGAUGACAAGAAUGCAGUUCACCAUUCUUCGCUAGGAGAUGAACUAGCGUCUCAAGUAGAGCUUCAUGGCACCUCAGAAGUAUCUCAGCUUCAUGUAUCUUCUUCUAGUGAUGGCAUGUGCAUUAGUGAUUCCAUCUCAGAUACUGAUAGUAUACAUGAUCUUAAUUCUGAUUCAUGUGAAUCUUGCUCCACGCUUGACAACCUUGAGACAGUGUCAAGUGAGAGGAAGUUGGAGCCAAUUAAGACACUGGAGGAAGAAUCUUAUUCAAGAGUGUCAUCCAAUGGUAAUGUGUAUGCUUCCGGUGAACCUAAGGAAGAAGCAUCAGGUAAAUUAAGUGGUUCUUCAGGUUUGAGCAUUAAUCGCUCUGUCAAGAACUUAGCUAAGCCUUCAGUAGCGACAUCUGGUUUCUGGGAUGGUUCUCUUGAUUAUUGCAGAACUAAGUACAUGCCAAGCACUGAUGCCAAACCAAGUUCUGGGGAAUUAGGUGAUUUCUCAUCAGAUAUAUGCUCGAAAGGGCCAAAAACAUCAACUGAUACCCAUCCUGGAAUUUCAAGCACUGGUAAGCUUGUUGCUGAGCCUGCUUUGGCAGAAAAGGGUUCCGGAGUUCCCUCAAAAAAUCUGAGCUCUACAUUCGUAGGCUCUAAGGAACCUGACGCUAGGGUUAAAACAAUGAAGAAUGAUAAAGAUUUGGUAAAGUCUGUAGAAGUUGGAACCGAAAAUUUGAAAGGCAGUGCCCUGCCAUUCUGUGUUUCAGAGAAGGCAAAUGAUCUGGACAGGAACUCAAAGGUGGUUCUGCAAUCACCAAUGUCAAAGAAAGCUGGAUUGUCUCCAAAAUCUAUUAUUGGUCCUCCAUCCGGAAUGAAGGAGCCUAUUGCCCCAGUUAUAAAGCCUGUUAAAGCUGCUGCAAAUGUUGCCAUGCCUUCUCAGGUAGCCAGACUUGCCCCAAGUGCUUCUGCUGGCUUGAAAACGUCAGUGCUUAAAGUUGUAGAACAAUUUAGAGCUCCAAAGACGGUGAAGCAAAGUGAUGAUGUUGAAAGAAAGACUGAAAAGGCUGUUUUCCCAUAUGAGUCAUUCGUUAAGCUUUAUCAUUGGAACAAAGUGGAGCUUCGUCCGUGUGGCCUAAUAAAUUGUGGGAACAGCUGUUAUGCCAAUGUAAUUCUUCAAUGCUUGGCAUUUACCCCACCACUCACUGCUUAUCUUCUUCAAGGGCUCCAUUCUAAAACAUGUGCAAAGAAACAUUGGUGUUUCACAUGCGAGUUUGAAAGGUUGAUCUUAAAGGCAAAGGAAGGAGGUUCUCCACUUUCUCCUAUAAGUAUACUAUCCCAAAUCCAGAAGAUAGGAAGCCAUCUUUCCAAUGGGAGGGAAGAAGAUGCACAUGAGUUUUUAAGGUAUGCUAUUGACACGAUGCAAUCUACAUGCCUUCAAGAAGCUGGUGUGAAUGCUGCUGGCUCGUUACAUGAAGAAACAACUCUCUUGGGGCUUACUUUUGGCGGUUAUCUUCGUUCGAAGAUAAAAUGUACAAGGUGUCGCGGAAAAUCCGAGAAACAGGAUAGAAUGAUGGAUCUUACUGUGGAGAUUGGAGGAGAUAUAGAGACUUUGGAAGAUGCCUUGCGACAAUUUACUGGAACUGAGCCUCUUGAUGGGGAAAAUAAAUACCACUGUGGCAGAUGCAAAUCUUAUGAGAAAGCUAAGAAGAAAUUAAAUAUACUAGAGGCUCCUAAUAUCCUCACCAUUGCAUUGAAGAGGUUUCAGUGUGGGAAGUUUGGCAAGCUCAAUAAGACUAUUCGAUUCCCGGAGAUUUUAAACCUAGCCCCAUAUAUGAGGGGAGGAAGUGACAAAUCGCCAAUAUACAGACUCUAUGGGGUCGUCGUUCACUUGGACAUUAUGAAUUCUUCCUUUUCGGGUCACUAUGUAUGUUAUGUUCGAAACGCACAAAACAAGUGGUACAAGAUCGAUGAUAGCACGGUAAAGGCUGUGGAACUUGAGAGAGUGCUAAACAAGGGAGCAUACAUGCUCUUCUACUCAAGAAUCUCACCACGUGCUCCAAGAUCUAUUAGAAGUGCUAUAGUCUCUCGUGAUUUGCCAAGUAAGAUUAAAAUUCCUGAUGCUUCUCAGAUCAAUGUGAAGAGUUCGGCUUCAAGACAGAGAGAUCCACCCGCGCAUGCCAAUCGUAGUCCUGAUAUUGGUUACAUAUAUCAAGAUGGAACAAGCAUCUCACCAGUGCGAAAUAUUCUUGAUUUUGACUCUUCCAGUGAUAAUUCAUCUCUGUUUAGUCACUCUGAUGAAGUCUCAAGUAGCACCGACAGCAACAGGGAGUCUAUCAGUGCCGAUGACUUCUCUGAGUAUCUUUUUGGUUACAAUGCCUUUUUUAGGCACUCUUCAGAUUCAGACACCUCUUCUUCCUCUUCCUCCUCAUCUUCUCCUCAAUACUCAAAGCAUUCACCCCUUUCCAAUUCAGAGAGGUAUGCUUCUGCACUUCCCGGUGACAAUGCUCAUUCAGUUUCAUUGGAGGACCAUUCUUGGGCAAAAGCGCCUCAUGAGGCUUCUAGAGCUGAGGAUUCAGGUUUAGUGGGUGGAGUUCCAUUUUUGCAUUCUAACAGUAGUAGUAGUAUUAGUAGUAGUGGCCAGCAAGUUAGAAAGCUAGUAAAUAUUAGUAGUAGAGAGGCUGAUGCCGAGAAAUUAGGACGGGCUAACCCUUUGGAUAAUGGAAAAUCUGGUGUAUAUCUGAGACGAUCUUGGAGGAAUAGAACAGAUUAAGUAUUCCAUCCUAUAAUGUUAAGAGUUGGGAAUAAGUGAUUAAUGGUAGUAUUCCUUUUCCCCCAUCAUUUUUUUCUUGAUCUCUUGCGGGGAAGGGGGUCGGAAAUAUUGUAUGUAUGUAAGUUGUUACAUUGUUUUUAAUGAGAAGGUAUAAAGAAAAAUGGAAAUUUAAAUUUCACUCGUUCCAAAUCUUACCUUUGUAUAGCCCAGAUUGUCUCAGAUUCUUGUAACUUUACAUUGAAAUACUUUAAACUAACUUUUUUUUUUUUGCUAA